AGUCCAAUCCUUAACGUCCUAAGUGCGACGUAAUGUGUUUUUUUGCCUGAUUUUCCCGAGCAGGAGGCGGGAUUCGGUUGGGGGUAAGAAUGUUUACUGUCUAGUUUCUGACAAAAAGGUUAAUCCAAGGAAUAAACGAGACCGGCAAGCAUUAUCCCUCCUCUUCCUCCUUGCCUAGCAGAAUGAAAAGUUAAAGGACCUCCCCUCCCACCCCAGCUUCACUGUUGAGCCAUUAUUGCAGCUAUCUUUCUCCCAAACCCGCACGUAUCCAGGCACUAUACCAUACCCUGCAGAGAGGUGGCAGGCCAAGGAUAUUGAACGUCAUGUAUCAGAUGGUGCAGGGGAAUGUCGCCGCCAGCCCUGUCAACCCCAAGCUCAAGCAGACCAAGCAAAUGCGCCCACUAGUGGGGGCGAGCGUCCUCGGAAUGCUGCUGGUGCUCGCUGCGGUCGUGGCCUGGAGCUACUACACUGCCUCGCUGCGCAAGGCGGACCUGCUCAAGACUGAGCUGCUGGAUCUCAACCGCGAUGGCUUCGUCAUCUGGAACCGCCCGGGCGGGAAGAUUGUCUUCCGCAUGGACUUCAGGUCAGGGGCCCUGGACCUGGACUCGUGUUCGAAGGAUGGUAAGAUCCUGAGCUGCACCCAGUCUGAUGCUGGGAAGCUGAACUUUUUCAUCCAGACGGUGAAGCCCAAAGAGACUGUGAUGUGCUACCGCGUGCGCUGGGAGGAGUUUUCAGAGCGUGAGGUGGAGCACGCCAUGUCCUAUAAGGGGGCGCACUGGUACGGGGGUGCUGAAACCAGCACCCAGCACUGGCCCAUCUUGAUCUCCGGGUUGCAGCCUCCCAAACCGUUUUUGACGAGCGACAUCUACUCUAACCGUGAUGCCUUUGGGGGAAUCCUGGAGAGGUACUGGCUCUCCUCCAGCGCGACCGCCAUCAAGAUAAACGACUCUGUGCCCUUCCACCUGGGCUGGAACGCUACAGAGGAGACCCUCUACUUCCAAGCCAGAUACCAGAACACCCCCUACAAGCCUGCCCCUGGGCAGGAGCCUUUCCCAGAGCUGAGUUACCGUGUCUGCGUCGGGUCUGAUGUGACCUCCAUCCACAAGUACAUGGUUAGGAGGUACUUCAACAAGCCCACCAAGGUGCCCUCGGAAAACAUUUUCAAAUACCCCAUCUGGUCCACCUGGGCCAUCUACAAGUCUGGGAUCGACAGGGAGAAGCUCCUGAGAUACGCGGAGAACAUCAAGAAGAACAACUUCAACUGCAGCCACCUGGAGCUUGACAACCGGUACACCACCUACUACGGUGACUUCGAGUUCGACCCUGUCAAGUUCCCCAAUGCCACGGAGAUGUUCCAGAAGCUCAGGGACGACGGCUUCCACGUGUCCCUCUGGACGCACCCGUUCAUCAAUUACAACUCCUCCAACUUCGGCGUGGGCAUCGAGAGGGGCCUUUUCGUCAGGGAGCCCACGGGCCAGCUGCCCGCCAUGGUGCGCUGGUGGAACGGCAUUGGGGCCAUCCUGGAUUUCACCAACCCGGCGGCACGGGACUGGUACCUGUCCAAUUUGAAAGACCUCAAGUCCAAGUACGGGGUAGCUUCCUUCAAGUUCGAUGCCGGUGAAACCAGUUACCUCCCUGAGCAGUUCAGCACUUUCACCCCGCUGCCCGACCCCAGCUACUUCACGCGGCGCUACACAGAGAUGGCCAUGCCUUUUUACGAACGCGCUGAGCUGCGAGUGGGUUACCAGUCGCAGAACAUCUCCUGCUUGUUCCGCAUCAUUGACCGGGACUCCGUCUGGGGCUUCGAGCUGGGCCUCAAGUCCCUCAUCCCUACAGUGCUCACCAUAAGCAUCCUGGGGUACCAGUUCAUCCUGCCGGACAUGAUCGGAGGCAACGUCUACCCCAACCGCACCGACGGCUCAGGGGAGCUGCCGGACCGGGAGCUCUACAUCCGCUGGCUGGAGCUGUCUGCAUUCAUGCCCUCCAUGCAGUUCUCCAUCCCACCCUGGCACUACGACAAGGAGGUCAUCGAGAUCGCGCAGAGGUUCACAGCCCUCCACGAGACCCUGGUGGCCCCCCUGGUUCUGGAGCUGGCGGGGGAGGUGUUGGAUACCGGGGACCCCAUCAUCCGGCCCCUCUGGUGGAUCGCCCCCAACGAUGAGAAUGCCCACAUAGUCGACUCGCAGUUCCUCAUCGGGGACACCCUCAUGGUGGCUCCCGUGCUGGAGCCUGGCAAGCAAGAGAGGGACAUAUACCUCCCCAAAGGCAAGUGGCGGAGUUACAAAGGGGAGCAUUUUGAUAAAACGCCCCAACUGCUCACUGAUUACCCCAUCGAUCUGGAUGAGAUAGCUUAUUUCACCUGGGUGUCUUAGGGCUUUUUGCCGCCGGUUUUAUUGGAGUCAAAAAGUACUGAAAAAUGACAUACACACACCGAGCGAAGGUCAUUCUGUUGACCAGUCAUUCUGUUUACCGGCAGCCCUACUCUGUCCCCCCAUGUGUCUUCAUUAACAAUCCAGUUGAAGUUCCUUAUUUUUGUUAGGGUGAAAUAUCUUUAGCCCUGAAGUUCAGUCUAUAACCCAUAGUAUGUGUGUGUGUUUGUUUUGCUUUACCUUUUUCUUAAAUGCUUUUUAUACAGCAAUCGAUGAGAACAAUUUGGAGUCCAGACUGAAUGCAUUAUGAUGCUGAACUUUUCAUAAUUUGCAGUGGUUACAGCUCAGUCAUGCUUACUGAAAUAGUAUGUUAUUAUCUUUCUAUCUAUUAUUAUUCUUAUACAAUCACUUCCUGUUACUGAUUACUGUUACAGAUCAUUCCAGACCAGUGUAAUAACAGGGAUAUUAUUUCUUAUACUAAUACCUGGGGUUGUAAUGUCUGUGCACUGGCAUAACAGAUUGUGUGACUCUGUUGAGGUAGAGACUUUAAGCUUAAAGCACUAAAUUACAUAUGGUCCUUGACUGGCCUUGCAGCAGGAGAUGGGUGUUGUGUUUGGACGGGGAAUUUGGUUUUCUCUGUAUCCACUUGUAGUAAAAGGUGUCAUGCUACACUAGCUGCCUCACACAGCAGAUCUCUGUUGUGGAAAAGCUCCAGCUAGACCUUGUCUCUCUCCCGAGUUUGUUAAUGUAAAAGAAUUAACCUUUUAAGUAAGAUUGCAAUUUAAAUCUUCACUAAAUGUGUACAACUCUGAGAGAGGGAAAGUUCAGUUAAAAAUAAAAUAAUAAUUUACAAAAGCGUAUGUAAAAUUGAAUUAAUAAAAAAAUCUAAAGCAUGGUUAUACAUUUCAGAUACUAACGUUUCUGCGGAAAUUGCACCUAUAUUUGUCCUUUUUAUACUGUGAAUAAAAGGAACCUUUAUAGCUGCCUUUAUAACCAUACCGUACAUUACACUACACAGUCACAUAGUGCCCGUCACCUGUAAGCAUAGAGGUGCCUUAAAAUCACAGUAAUGUUUCUGAAUGCUAAAUUAUGUGGAAGGUUUGUGCAGUGCCAUUGUUUCUCAGGGUUCCUUUGCUGUGUUGUAUGACCCUGGUUGUUUAACUUAUAAUUGCUUCCUUGUGCCUCCUCACUAACCAAGAUUUGUAAUCCUUUAUGGAGAGGAGGAGGCAAGGAUGGAUGUUGGG